ACCCUCGGAUGAGUUCACCGGAUGCGCUCUCGCCAGAAGAGGGCAUUCGGAUUCUGCCUGAAAAAAGUUGCGUUGACACGCGGACGUGAUUAACCACGGCGUCAUGCGCGCAUUCCGAAAGAUAGUGGCGGCGGGAUCGAAAGCGGAUUUAGACUCCAAGAGAAAAGAUGGAUUUUGGGAUGUUUGAUUGUUCCGCUUGACUCGUUUCACAGCAGGUUCGCAGAGACUUAUAGCCGGUCGUUACUUUUACCCUCUGUGCGCCUUGCGCCGAUCCGUCUUGAGCAUCCUCGAGGGUAGAUUCCAAGGGGCUCCACUUGGCUGAGGAAUCUACGGGCGGCUUGACUCUUGGUGGAAAAUAACAUCUUGUUGUGUAUUUUGUGCACCAUGCAAAGCAAUGCGCGAAGUUUUUCGCGACAGGCGUUUUGUGGAGUCUUCGUUUAAGACGGACACGGAUCAAUUGCACGCGGCUCCGUUAUUGUCUACGCCUACUGCAGUGCUCCUUUUGGCUGGAACUUAUAAAGAAAAACUGCGAAGACGUGGAUAGGGAGUUUUGGAAACAGGAUAUUUCUUUUAAUCUGGAGUUGGAGGUAAAUUACAUUCGCCCCGUUUCGGGUGCACUACUGCAGAUGCAGAAUCAAACCGGAUAGCAAAAGCAGGUCCGUGAGAAUAAAAAGGGAAGGUGCGCUUUGGAAGUCGGCGUCUGCGCGGAGAAACCGGGCUAGUGGAUUAGGACCAUACCUGUCUGUGGAGAGCGCGUCAUGCGGACUCGAAUGUCGCGCACAAGAAGCCAUUAAAACCUGUAGGCUGGAGCUGACAGAGACGCGGACAUGGGCUCUGCUUUGCGGCGGCGCUGGCUAGUAGUCCAACUCCUAAUGCAGGUGUGGCUGGCGGCAAAUCCAUCUGUGAGCGAGCGCCCAUGCCCCAAGAGCUGUCGGUGUGAUGGAAAAAUUGUCUAUUGUGAGUCUAGCGCCUUUCGCGAUGUCCCCAAGAACCUCUCAGGAGGCUGUGAAGGCCUAUCUUUACGGUACAACAGCCUCGCUAGUCUUCAUGUAGGGCAGUUCCAAGGCCUCAGCCACCUCAUCUGGCUCUACUUGGACCAUAAUUACAUUGCCUCUGUGGAUGGAAUGGCCUUUCAAGGGGUUCGCAGGCUCAAAGAGCUGAUAUUGAGUUCCAACAAAAUCACGUACCUACACAACACCACAUUCCACCCUGUCCCCAAUUUGCGUAACCUGGACCUGUCGUACAACAAGCUGCAAGCCUUGCAGCCUGGUCAGUUCCAAGGCCUACGGAAGCUUCUCAGCCUUCACAUACGCUCAAAUUCUCUAAAAACCAUCCCAGUGCGUCUGUUCCAAGAUUGCAGAAAUCUUGAGUUCCUGGAUUUUGGUUACAACCGCUUGCGCAGCAUCUCUCGGAAUGCAUUUUCCGGCCUAGUCAAGUUGACUGAGCUGCAUUUAGAGCAUAACCAGUUCUCAAAGAUCAAUUUCUCCCACUUCCCUCGCCUCUACAAUCUGCGGGCACUUUACUUGCAGUGGAAUCGAAUUCGCUCAAUGAACCAGGGUCUAACCUGGAUCUGGGCCUCCAUCCAGAAACUGGAUCUUUCUGGAAAUGACCUGAUGGAAGUUGAUGCAGUUGUUUACCAAUGCUUACCUAACCUUCAGACCCUCAAUCUAGACUCCAACAAGCUGACCAAUGUUUCCCAGGAGGUGGUUGAUGCGUGGACCUCUUUGACUACAAUAAGCUUCGCUGGGAAUGUAUGGGACUGUGGCCCUGCCAUCUGUCCUCUGGUGGCCUGGCUGAGAAACUUCAGAGGGGCAAAGGAGACCACAAUGAUCUGCGCCUCCCCAAAGAAAGCCCAGGGCGAAAAAGUAAUGGAUGCUGUUGAAGCUUUUGGUGUCUGUCACUCAAAUCAAGCGACAACGCUCACUGUGAGUAUCCCUCCAACCCUCGCCAGAGUCCCCGUGCAGACUGAACGCCGGCCAGCCAUCCUGGCUCUACCUACUGGUUCUGGAAAAAGAGGUGAGGGAUCUAUAAGGGGUCCCACAUCUUCAGCUGUUACCCCACCUGCGGCCCUUCCCCCAGACCAAGACCUGGAGCCUGUGACGUUCCACAAGAUUGUGGCUGGAAGCGUUGCCCUUUUUCUAUCAGUUGCGAUGAUCCUGUUGGUAAUCUACGUGUCUUGGAAGCGCUAUCCUAGCAGCGUCAAGCAGCUGCAGGAGCAUUCGACUGCAGCUCGCAAACGCCGCAAGAAAGCGAGAGAGACGGAGCGCACUCUGAGCUCUCCACUUCAGGAGUACUAUGUGGACUACAAGCCCACCAACUCUGAGGCCAUGGAUGUCCUUGUGAAUGGGACCGGACCGUGCACCUAUACCAUCUCAGGCUCCCGAGAAUGCGAGGUCCCCCACCAGCUGGGUGCGCUGACCUUCUACCGCUACGAGCAGCCCAUCGUGGACUACUGCCAGGCCCAUCAACCCCUGCGGCUCAACAUGGGCUACGAGGGACCCCCACAGGGCCUGGAGGACCUGGGGCCGUGUGAUAGGGGCACCAUACAGACAGUGGCGCUGCCGGCCGUGCCCUCCGCUGCCAGCAUGGGUGCCCCCAUGCCAGGGCCUCGCUCUCCUCCCCCGCCCACCCUCAGACCGCCGACUGAGGGUCCCAGCAGCGGUCCUUUCCCCCCCGCCGAACGCACCGGCACGCUCAAAUUCGGACGCUAGCAGGCCGGGGUCCGGUUGCUGGAAGCGGGCCAAGGGCCUUUCGAUUUGAUGUGACUUUGUUUGGAGGUGGCAGGCGAGCUGGUUAUUCAGUGGGGCCUUGUUUUCAGAACAUGAGUAUGUGAACUGGAGGACAAAACAUUUUUCUAAUUCUGCCUGGAGGGAGUCUGCAUCUGAAACACGCAGUCUCACUAAUAUACAGCAGAGGGUGAGACAUCUUUGCAGAUGAUUUUGAUUUAUUUUUUCAAAACUCUCCAUCAAGGGAGGUCACACGAGAUUAGGACAGAAAAAAAGCAUUUCCUUGUUUCCUCAUCCGGUCUUGGAGAACCCGUUGACAGCAGUCCACAUGCACCGAGUCAGGAGUCUAAGGGGCAGUGCAAUAAACACUGGGUCUUAAUCACGAGAGGGCACUAAAGUUAAACAUUAAAAAAGAGAUGGAGUAGGACAUUUGAAGGGGCUUCUUACUGUGAUUAAUAUUAAAAUAUCGAGUCAUUAUUUCAUAAAGAUGAGUUGUUCUCUUGAAACAUGUCUUACUUUUCUUGUGGCACUUCAUGCUCAAUUCCAUUAAUGUGCAUGUCAAACCAAAGAGUUUACUUGUAUGUUAACAUGUUUUUUUUUUUAUGCAUAUAAGCUACUUUUGCCGGGGCCAUU